AAGUGACGUCAGAGAUUUCACAUGGUCAAUGGUGGAUGGGAAGUUGUCAUUACACCACGAAGUGAAAAAUUUGCUAUAUUUGUCCUUAGGUUUCCUUUCUUGUGAAUUUUCUAAUUAAUCAAUAUAAUAGACCCUACAGACUAAACUGUUGUGAAAUAAUCUUCCUUAUAGGAAUACAAGGGGAGAUUGAGCAAGAAAUCUUCCCGCCAUACGGAGUGGUUAAUACCAAAACUUUUUGUCAAAGAUGGCAACAAACGGAGUAGAUGGUUCUGAAACCAGCGCUGAUCGGAAUGUAGAGAUUUGGAAGAUUAAGAAGCUGAUCAAGAGUUUGGAAGCAGCGCGAGGAAAUGGAACAAGUAUGAUUUCAUUGAUCAUUCCACCAAAAGACCAAAUAUCAAGAGUAGCCAAGAUGUUGGCAGAUGAAUUUGGAACAGCUUCAAAUAUCAAAAGUCGUGUCAACAGAUUAUCUGUAUUGGGUGCUAUUACAUCUGUACAACAGAGAUUAAAACUCUACAAUAAAGUUCCGACAAAUGGACUUGUGAUAUAUUGUGGAACUAUAGUAACAGAUGAAGGAAAAGAAAAGAAAGUGAACAUAGACUUUGAACCUUUCAGACCAAUCAAUACAUCACUAUAUCUUUGUGAUAACAAAUUUCACACAGAGGCAUUAACAGCUUUAUUAGCAGAUGACAAUAAAUUUGGUUUUAUUGUAAUGGACGGAAAUGGUGCAUUAUUUGGAACAUUGUCAGGAAACACGAGAGAAGUCCUACACAAAUUCACAGUAGAUCUACCAAAAAAACACGGUAGAGGAGGUCAAUCAGCCUUGCGUUUUGCACGUUUAAGAAUGGAAAAGCGACACAACUAUGUGCGGAAAGUUGCAGAAGUAGCAGUACAGAUGUUCAUCACAAACGAUAAACCAAACAUAGCUGGCUUAGUGCUGGCUGGAUCAGCUGACUUCAAAACAGAACUUAGUCAAUCAGAUAUGUUUGAUCCUAGAUUACAAGCAAAAAUAAUCAAAGUUGUUGAUGUAUCUUAUGGAGGAGAAAAUGGAUUUAACCAAGCAAUCGAAUUGGCUGCAGAUGCCUUAUCAAAUGUCAAAUUUAUACAGGAAAAGAAACUCAUAGGUCGAUAUUUUGAUGAAAUUUCACAAGACACAGGAAAAUAUUGUUUUGGUGUCGAUGACACGUUGAAAGGAUUAGAAAUGGGAGCUGUAGAUACAUUAAUAGUGUGGGAAAAUUUGGAUAUUACACGAUAUGUGCUCAAAAAUCAUUCAACAGAUGUUGAAAACAUUUUAUUCCUAAAACCAGAGCAAGAAAAAGAUAAAACACAUUUUAUUGACAAAGAUACUGGUGUGGAGUUAGAAUUAGUGGAACAGAUGCCAUUAUUAGAAUGGUUUGCAAAUAAUUAUAAAAAUUUUGGAGCAACAUUAGAAAUAAUAACAGAUCGAUCGCAAGAGGGAGCUCAAUUUGUCCGAGGAUUUGGUGGAAUAGGAGGUAUAUUACGGUAUCAGGUUGACUUCCAAGUAUUAGACCCACACCUAGAAGAUAUGUUCGAAGAUUUUGAUCUGGAUGACUAUUAAAUGCCUUUAAAAAGACUUCAAUAAAUUAUUACAGAGCCACUUACUAACGGCCACGAAACUAAUGUUGUGGCACAAAAUACAGGAGAGCAAAUAAUUUAGAAUUUUCAGCUUCAAACCUGUGACAUUCCAUAUGGAAGUUUUUGGUAUUACCAGUUUUUAAAUUGUUUAUAAAAAAAAUCAGUUUAUUUAUCAUUAUUUGUACCUGUAUAUUAAACUGAAAAAUGACGUCAUAAGUUCAGUUUUAAAUACAUUAUGUAAGUUCCAAGCAUUCAAGAAGAAAUUCAUUAUGAUUUUACAAAAAUCAGAUCAGACAAUUUAUGUAGACUGAGAGAACAACGAGAGCUAGCAUUAAACUUCAAACAAAUUGUUUGAAAAAUUA